AUGACGUUCUGCAAUCUUGUACAAAGCAGUGGUGCUGGAUUCACAAUUACAGCGGUGGAUUAUGAUUUAGGUGAGCUGAAUGAAUCAGAAGAAAUUCCUACUUAUAAUUUUCAAAUGCAAGUCGACCAGACAAUAACGUUUGUUUCGCAGGGUAUCGUUAUGCCGCGCGGAAAACCUAGCCAACCAUCUGAACCAGAUGCAGGUGACUGGUUAUUUGAUGAUACUAUAUUCCAAUUGCUACCAAACGAAAAGAAUCUAUUUGACAAUACACAGUCACAACAAAAACAGUUCUUUACAGUUGAAUAUUGCUAUGACAAGCGUUUUUAUCGUGGAAAUAUCUCAUGUGCAUAUUAA